CAGCCGCUUCUCGAUGUACAGUGAGUCAAAGCUCACUUCUCCGUCUCUUUGUGGGGAUUUUAUCGCUUCUGAACGGGAAAAGAACUUCUGGACUUUCCGCCGCCUCUAAGUUUUGUUUCAACACCGUGGCCAUUAUGUCCGCAAACGACCAAACAGGUAUCCGGGCAUCAGUGCAUCGUGUUGCGUUCAGGGGCUAGCUGCCCAGCUGCACACCCUGUGAAGGGUGUCAGUUGCCCUGGCUGCUGAGAUGCUGAGAAAGGGCAGCAGUGGUGGUGCUGGAGGGACAAAGCAAACCCAGGGACAGCCACGGCACCUCCACAAGCCCCACUCUGACUCCCUGUCUCCAGGAUCCACCAAGACCUGGGAUAUGGGCCGCAGCUCCAAGAAAGCCAACCCUCUGAGCAGCAUGGGACUCACAUCUCGCCUGAUGGGUGCACCGGGCGUGGACCCGGAGUAUGUGAUGCAGCUGGUGAAUGACGUGCGGUGGUUUGCUGAUGUGCUGCUCAACCUCAAAGAUGCUUUUGAGGAUAAAGAGAGUCUGGAGGGUCUGCAGGAGGUGGUGCAGGAGCGUUUGGCCGAGUUGCUGCGAGUCCUCAAGGCUGUCAUCGGCAAACACCAGACCCUUAACUCAGUGGACAUCUUAGGAGCAGCUGGCACAGUCAUUGCUAAGGUCAAAGGCGUUAACUUCAAGGAAGUGAACCCAGAAAACAGAAAAGCUAUAUUUGGCGAGCUGCACAGAUCCAUUGACACUCUGGCAUUCACAUUCGGCAAUGUAGUUUCUGACUUCCUUAUGGGAGAUGUGGACAGCAGUUCAGGGUUGGGGAUCCCCCAGACCAGAAGAAGCAGGUCUUUUGACAACCUCGCAGUGGAUCCAGAGGAGUAUGUUUCGGAGAAGAGCGACCUCGUGGUUCCUGACGUGCCGCUGUCACGGGAGGAAGAGGUCGACCUGACCCUGCUGAAGAAUGACAGUGGAGUGGAAUCUGCUUUACUGUAUGCAAAGGUCUGGUCCAAGUACAUCAAAGAUCUGCUCGCCUGGAUGGAGAAACGACUGGCCAUGGAUAUCGAGUAUGCAAAAAGCUAUGCUAAAAUGGCUGAGUCUGCAAAGACACUGGCCAGUCAGCAGGACUACAUGCCAUUCAGUGAUAUCUACGUUUCCACAUUCAAGAAUGAUAUUGAAUACAACCAGCUGCUCAUUCAAACUGCGGUCGCUCUUCAAACCAAUAAAUUUAUACAGCCUCUUCUGGCUCGUAAGAAUGAACUGGACAAGCUGAGGAAGGACAUCAAGGAGCAGUGGCAGCGGGAGCAAAAGAAAAUGCAAGAGACAGAUGCAACCUUACGUAAGGCUCUAGCCAUGAAGGCCCAGAGGAGAGGAGAGUACCAGAAAGCCCAGUCGUCUACGAACCGCUCCCAGGAGGAGCAGUCUAAUGCUGGGAACAAGCAGCUGGAGAAGAAGAGGAGGCUGGAGGAGGAAGCUUUGCAGAAGGCGGAGGAGGCCCAGGACCAGUACCAGACCUGUAUGGCUGACGCAGGCGUCAGAAGACUGGAUCUGGCCAACGCUAAGAGCACCAUCCUCACUCAGAUCAGAGAAAUGAUCUUCCAGUGUGACCUAACACUUAAAGCUGUGACAGUGAACUGGUUUCAGAUGCAGCAGGCACAGACUGCAUCACUCCCAGCUCACCUCCAGGCCCUCAGUGAUAACGCCAAGCUGUACGAACCAGGUGAAGCUUAUGCCGAGUUCGUCCGAAACCUGCCCAAAAACCUGCCUAAAGAGCGUCUUCACUCCGACUCCUUGUCCUCUGACAAUACCAGGUUUGUAUUCAAGAAAAGGUCAGUGGGCAGCACUCAUUCCUCCCACGGCAACCUGUCGCAGGCAUCCGUCACCUCCGGUGAUGUGUUAAGUGGAGACGAAGUGGACAAUGCCCUGCACCGCCACGCCAAGAUCAGAGAGCAGAGGUCCAACAGCAGCACGGACAUACAGGCUUUGAGAAGCCAAGUCCCUCUGAGAGCCUGGGCUUCCAGUAGUCAAGGCAGCCAGGGCGGGAUGUGCAGCGACUCGGAGAGCGCCGGGGGCAGCAGUGAGUCCAGGUCCAUGGACUCACCCACCGCCAGUCCAGGUGACUUCAAGCGCCGACUGCCCAGAACCCCAUCCACGGGGACGAUGUCUUCAGCCGACGAUCUGGAUGAGAGGGAGCCCCCGUCCCCCUCCGACAACGGUCUGGCAGAGAUGGUGACGGAGACCGCCAGUUCUCCCGGUCCUUUCCGAAACGCUCAGAUGUCCAAAGCUGCUCAGACCCACAAACUGAGGAAACUACGAGCGCCGUCUAAGUGCAGGGAGUGUGACAGCUUGGUGGUUUUCCACGGGGCAGAGUGCGAAGAGUGCUCCCUGGCCUGCCAUAAGAAGUGUCUGGAGACGCUCGCCAUCCAGUGUGGCCAUAAGAAGCUGCAAGGAAGGCUUCAGCUGUUCGGUAUCGACUUCGCCCAGGCAUCAAAGAACAGCUCGGACGGGAUUCCCUUCAUUAUCAAAAAGUGCACAUCUGAGAUCGAGAGUCGAGCGCUGAACAUCAAGGGGAUUUAUCGUGUUAACGGGGCCAAAUCGCGCGUUGAGAAGCUCUGUCAAGCCUUUGAAAAUGGGAAGGACUUGGUGGAGCUGUCUGAGCUCUCUCCUCACGACAUCAGCAAUGUGCUCAAACUCUACCUGAGACAGCUGCCAGAGCCCUUGAUUCUCUACCGAUUCUACAACGACUUCAUCGGCUUGGCCAAAGAGUGCCAGAGAGUGAUCGUGGAGGAGUCGGACAAACCUCAGAACAGCCAGACGGGAGAGAAGAGCAGCCCCAGCGUCCAGUUGAACAAAGUCAUUCUCAAGAUCAGAGACGUCCUCCGCCAGCUGCCCGCCGCCAACUACAGGACUCUGCGCUACCUGAUAGCACAUCUGCACAGAGUGACCGAACAGGCCGAGGAGAACAAGAUGACCGCGAGCAACCUGGGCAUCAUCUUCGGCCCCACCCUGGUGAAGCCGCGGCAGACGGACGCCGAGGUGUCCCUGUCCUCUCUGGUGGAUUACCCGUACCAGGCGCUGAUGGUGGAGCUGCUGGUGCGCUACUUCCAGACGGUGUUCGACGUGUCGCACCUGCACGUCUCUGAAAGCUUCGCCAUGGGUCAGGCGUCCCCAAAACUCACCCCACAGGAGAAGGUGCGGCAGCUGAGCAGACACUCGGCCUCUCUGACGGACAUCAAAGAGAGUGCCAAAGCGUACAAAAGAUACUCAUCCGUCAUCCCCUCCUCUCACAUCCUUAAUGAGGUGCAGGAGGUCCAGCCGGGAAGAGACCAAACAGGGGCCUCGGCGUCCGACAGACUCAAUGGGAUCCAAACUACCAGUGGAGAAGACAUCCAGAGGUCAACCCUAGUAUUUGGCCGGCCCAGCACCUCAGUCUCCUCCACCACCGUCGUGGCACCAAAGGUGCAGCUGCGCAGCCAGCGCGCCAGACAUGUGUCUCGGCCAAUCAGCAUGCCUCUGGAGCGUCUGCCCACCCCCGCUCAGAUCAGCGAGAGGAACAGUCGAAACGCAGCAGACGGCGUCGACGCCUGCUUCGCCGAGCGGGACACGAUACAGGAGGUGCCGGAGCCGGAGAAGGCUCGGCAGGGCGGCUCCUCCAGGAUCAGCACCUACUACAUCACGCCGUUCAUGGACACGCAGACGCUGCAGAGGAGGACGUGGGACAGGAAGUACAAGCACUAUGACGUCACGCCCCGGACGGCGAUGAUAGUGGCCAACCUGCCGUCUGCCAGCUCUCCGGUCCAGCCUGUAAAGGCGGCGGCGCCCGCCACCGUCAGCACCGCCGACGCCACCAGCACCGUCACCACCGUGUUCUCCAGCAACGCCUACUCCAUGACCGUCAAGCCCGUCUGGACUUCCAAAAGGGAAAACGACUCUGAACAUUCAGGCAGCGAGUCCAGCAACUCACCACGCUUUCCUCUAACACUCAGACCCCCGAGGACUCUGCAGCCCCCUCCCGGGACUUUCUACAGGCCCCCCCCUUCCAUCACAAGCAGAGCGAGGACACUUCCAAGCUGGACUACCACCGUGACCACCGUCACCACCACCUCCUCGCUCCCCCCCACCAGCCCCACCCUCACAAGCCCCAAACAGACUCCGCUCCAGACUCAAGACUCCAGCGACAGUGCCAUCGACCCCGGGGUCUCGACCUCCUCCACCCUCUCGCCCCCCCAGUCUCCAUCCCCCAGCAGCCCCGGCGACCUGAGCCCCAGCGAGACCAAACCCGUUUACCAAAGACUGCGACCCCGGCGGCUGCCGGAGCUCGAACACAGAGAGGCUCACUUUGUCUGACACCAAAUAAAAAAAAACAAACCUAUUUUAUCUGUACAUACUGAUAUAUCUGUGCCAUAGUGUAAACUGGGAGAAACAUUUAUCGACGCGCUGCAGAGUGGAGGAAACCGAGGUCUGUGAACAGAAACCAGAAAAGUGUUAUAAGUACUAAUAUAUUUUAUUUUUCAUGUUAAAAGUUGCCGCUUCAACAGAGGACGGUUCAAGUCAUUCAAGCAAAUGCUGAAAGAAAUUGCUGCCAACUGAAAUGAUGGAUUUGCAUCAAAGUGUAUUCAGAUUUUGUCUGUAAGCCUAUCACUUUUCUCAUGUCAUGUUCCUUUUGUUGAUGCACUUAAUGCAGGUUGAAAAUUAUUUUUACGACGUCUCUUAAUGUCUUAUUUCAUUCCACAAGGAAUGUGUUCUUAACAGGAAGUUCUGAAUGAUAAAUUACCUUUUUUAAUGUGUCCAUUGUAGCCUGUGAUUGGUACAUCUUUUCUCAUUAUGUAAACCUUAUGUAUCUGUUUACGUUUUUAUAUCCAUUCAUACGUACAAAAUGACAUGCAACAGUUCCUGCUGCAAAUUAAAAAAUGUACUUUUAACUUUUAACUCUGUUCUG